AAGCAAGCACGCAAACGUUCAUCUACUAUUAGUACGGUAGUGGCUGGCUAGCAAAAGGUCAUCAAUCAAUCGAUUGCUUUUGCUCAAGCUCACUUUUGUUGAUUCGUCAAGUCUAUCAACAAACUUUAGCAAUCAAUCUAUCUAUCUAGCUACUAGCUAUCAGUGAUAUCAUAUCAAGAUGAGCGAGGGUAAGGAACAUUUGUCUCUUGUGGUGUGCGGCCACGUCGAUGCCGGCAAGUCUACGACUUGCGGUCACUUGAUCUUCAAGCAAGGCGGAAUCAGUGAGCGUGAAAUGACCAAGCUGCAAGCGGAGGCGGAAGAGAAGGGAAAGUCUUCGUUUGGCUUUGCUUACUACUUGGAUACGUGCAAGGAAGAGCGUGAACGUGGAGUCACUAUUCAGUGCAACACCAAGGAGUUCUUCACCGACAAGUACCACUACACCAUUGUCGAUGCUCCUGGCCACAAGGAUUACAUCAAGAACAUGAUUACCGGAUCUGCCACUGCUGACGUGGGUCUGCUCCUUGUGCCUGCCGAAAAGGGAGGUUUCGAGGCAGCCAUUGCCAAGGCCGACCCCAAGUUGGGCGUGGAAGAAGGACAGACGCGCCAGCACGCACGCCUGCUCUACCUCCUCGGAGUUGAACAAAUCAUUGUUGGAAUCAACAAGAUGGACGCGUGCGGAUGGGCUCAAGACCGUUUCGAGGAAAUCAAGUCUGAAUUCGUCAAGAUGCUUCAGCUCAUUGGGUUCAAGCCCAAGAAGGUACCCUUCAUUCCUUACUCGGGAUUCAAUGGAGACAACCUCGUCGAAAAGUCCGACAAGGCGCCCUGGUACAAGGGAUGGAAGGCAAACAUUAACCCCAAGAAGGUCAUUGAGGGAUUCACCCUUGUAGAAUGCCUCAACAACUUUAUCAUUCCCCCCAAGCGAUUCCCCGAUGCCCCCCUUCGUCUCCCUGUAUCCAACAUUUACAAUAUCAAGGGAGUUGGUCAAAUCAUUUGCGGAACCAUUGAACAGGGAACUCUUCGUCCCGGUGAUGUCAUUGGAAUUGCUCCAUCUGGUCUCACUGGAAAGAAAAUGUUCUCCAUUGAACAGCACAAGAAGGUCCUCGAUUCCGCCGGACCCGGUAACUCGGUCGGUAUGUCCAUCAAGGGUAUUGCCAAGGAUGAAAAGGUUCAGCCUGGAGAUAUCAUUUACCUGGAAAAGGAAGGAGCCCUCAAGCCCGUCAAGUCGUUCACUGCCUUUGUCGCUGUCCAGGAGCACCCUGGUGUCCUCAAGCCCGGAUACUGUCCUGUCAUUUUCUCUCGUACCGCCAAGGUUGCCUGCAAGAUGACCAAGAUUAUCUGGAAGCAGUCCAAGAAGACUGGAGGAGCCAAGGUGGACAAUCCCCCCGAACUAUCCCAGUUCGAAUCCGCCGAAGUCGAAUUCGAGCCUACCGCUCCUCUCUUUUUGGAGCCUUUUGAGCAGUGCGCUGCUCUUGGACGAUUCGCCGUCAUGGAUUCCAAUCGUUUGAAGAUGCUCGGAAAGGUCAGCGGUGUCACUUCCGUCGCAUAGUCCCAAUCUGUUCUUACCAAAAAUAAAAAACACAUAAUACAAUGGAGACUGCUGUGGAUGGAUCUUCUGGUGCGUGAUUGAGAGUUGUGUGAUUGAUGACAAGGAGACAACUCGACGACACUCGGAUGCAUUCCAAAGAGUAGUAGUAUAAUACAUGUAUAAGACCAAGAACUAAAAAAGGGAUUUACAAUACG